AUGGAUGACAUUGAGAUACACUGGGGCUCUUGGUUCCUAAACGUGUGGAUGUUUACAACUCUUGCUAUUCUCGUCGGAUUCAUCGUCGUCCGCCGCGUCCUUCUACCCAAGCCUCUAGCUGGAAUACCGUACAAUGAGAAAGCAGCGAGCCAUGUUUUCGGGGACAUUCCCGAGAUGAUGGGAUACGUCUUGCGAACCAAACGCAUUUUCUGCUGGCUCACGUCCCUGACCACACGUCACAAAAGCCCAAUUAUCCAAGCAUUUAUCAAGCCUGGGUCCCUUCCUUGGGUGGUCCUCACUGACCCCUUCGAGAGUCAAGACAUCCUUCUUCGCCGCAAGGAGUUUGACCGAAGUGGCUUCUUCGGCGAGCUCAUCGGAGGGAUAUUGCCGGAACAGCAUAUCCAGUUCCGGUCUGCAGAUCCAAAAUUCAAGAGGCCCCGCAACUUGAUCAAUCACUUAAUGGCGCCCACUUUCAUCACUCAGGUCAGCGCCCCAGAGGUUUAUAAAUCAAUCAGCACUUUGAUCAAGGUGUGGCAAGUCAAGUGUGAGCAGGCCAAGGGACGACCGUUCUCGGCACACCAUGACAUCACUCAUGCGGCACUGGAUUCCAUCUUCGCGUCCUCAUUCGGACUUCCGGAGUCGCAGAGUAUUACUGUUCAGCAACUGAAUGCAGUGGAACAGUCAGCUCCAGAGAUUCUCGGUGGUGCGGAUGAAGAGGUUGUGUUUGCAGAAGGCACUAUACCCGAGCUUUUCGCUGCCGUUCUCACUUUGACGAACUCGGUUACCGACACGCAGCUGUCACCGGCACCAGUUAUCACAUCCUGGGAUGGCUACAUUCGUGAUAAGAUCACCGAGUCGGUGCAUCUCAUUGAGGGCGGCAAAACGGAGCCCUGGAGCGCACUUCACUCAGUACUCUUGCGGGAGAGAGAAGUUGCUGCCAAAGAGGAUCGCAAGCCGGACUACUACAAACGUUCCAUCUUCGACGAAUUCUUUGGUUUCAUGAUGGCCGGCCAUGAUACAUCCGCCACUGCCAUGGCCUGGGGGGUCAAGUAUUUGGCUGACAAUCCAGCAAGUCAAGAUCGUCUGCGGAGCGCUCUGCGUGCCGCGCUUCCUGAAGCUGUCAACGACAAAAGGACCCCUACGUACCAGGAGCUCAUCAAGGCUCAGGUACCGUACCUCGAUGCCAUGGUUGAGGAGGUCUUGCGUCAUUCCGGACCAAUUGCUUUUGUCGUUCGCGAGGCUUUGCAGGAUACUACAGUGCUGGGCCGACAUAUCCCUAAGGGUACAAACGUCUUCCUCAUGGCCAAUGGUCCUGGAUAUCUUGAACCUAAUAUGCCUGUCGACGACAAGUCUCGCAGCCCUGGUGCACGCCGCGACCAAAACAAGGCUCUGACCGGCGCAUGGGCUGACGACGACAUCGCUGCUUUUACGCCGGAGAGAUGGCUCAAACAUGAUAAGAAUACAAAGGACGAGAGCGAUGGGGUGUUCGAUCCUAUGGCUGGGCCAACGCUAGCGUUUGGAUUGGGCUCGCGCGGAUGCUUUGGCAAAAGGCUGGGCUUGCAAACGCUGAAGAUUGAAUUUGCACUCAUCGUAUGGCACUUUCAACUCUUGCCGCUGCCGUCUGAGUUGAAUGGGUAUGAGGGCAUACAGAGAUUUGCGAGGGAACCCACGCAGUGUUACGUCCGCCUGAAGAAUGUUGAAACCUAG